ACAAGAGCUUCAUUAAAUGAUGACAUUUUGAUAUUUGGAGUUGUUUUGUACUUUGUAUAAGAAAAAAAGCAACACAUUACAGAUGAGGUCAUUCAGGGAUGAGUUCCAUUCAUAACAUAACGUGAUAAGUUUAUACCUCGAAACGAACGAAAAGUCUGAAAUAACAUUGUUAUUAGAUAUAAUAGAACGUGUGCCAUACACGCCGCAAGUGAGUCAGAUUAAAAGAUGUCAAUGAACUUGACUACAACUGAUAAAUUGUGUCACGGACAGGACAUGCAGUUGCGCGCAUUCACAAUUACUAACUAGCCGAAAGUUCUUUGUUCCUAGUGAAAAUUUUGCUUUAGUAAUUGAUUUAUUUUAUAGAAUGAAAAAAAUGUUUGGACGAAAAGAUGUUGAUUCUACAGAAGUGCGAGCACCGGUGGUACCUGCGUACAUAAUUGAUCGGUAUUCAUCGUAUUAUCCGAUGAAUCACAAGAAUCGUGGAAAGGCCUUAAUAUUCACACAUGACGUAUUUAAUGUACCCAACGUGAAACUACCUACUAGAGAAGGAGGUGAUGUGGACUGUAAAAUGUUAACUAGCUCACUUAAACGAUUAGGAUUUGAUGUGGAUCUGCACCAGGAUAAACGCUUGGAAGAUAUUCUUCAAAUUACUGAAAAAGUUUCUUUAAUGGAUCAUUCGAACAACGAUUGCAUAGUGGUUGUAGUUCUUACCCAUGGCGACGAAGGAGAAAUUAUUUAUGCUCACGAUUGUCCCUAUCAGAUUUCGAGUGUUUGGAAACAAUUUACAGGCGAUCGGUGUCCAACGUUAAUCGGAAAACCAAAAAUAUUUUUUAUACAGGCUUGUCGAGGCAACGAAUUAGAUGCUGGAGUAAAAGUUGAGAGAGAUGGUGUGGCUCGCUACAGUCUACCUACGCAUGCCGACUUCCUAUUUGCAUAUGCAACAAUCCCUGGAUUUAUGUCGUUUCGAAACACUAAGAACGGGUCGUGGUUCAUACGCGAACUAUGUAAUGAAUUGAACGAAAAUGGCCAAAGAUAUGAUCUGUUGACACUUCUCACAUUCGUUGUGCAGAAGGUCGCGUAUGGUUACGAAUCAAUUGCUCCAAAUACCCCAGAAUACCAUCUGAAAAAACAGACACCAUGUGUUGUUUCAAUGUUAACUAGGUUGCUACUAUUUAAUUAUGUUUAACUCUCAUUAAUGUUACCAUUGUAAAAAAGUAUUAUGUAACAUUUUAAUAUUUAUAAUAUGUUGUAUUAACA